UUUCAAUUCAUUGAACAGACAAAGCUGGUAAACAUUUUACAUGAAAAGAUCCCAGCAGAUGUUUUCUUAAAAAUUGACUGGGGAAGAAAUUUAGACACAAAAAAUGGAGUCUGCUCAUAUGAAAUCAGUGGAAGAAAUUUUCAAAAGUUACGGUGUAUCUGAUACUACAGGGUUAGAUCCUGCUUCAGUUGAGCAGGCGCAACUAAAGUAUGGUUUAAAUGAAUUACCAGCAGAAGAAGGGAAGCCCCUAUGGAAAUUAGUUUUAGAACAAUUUGAAGACCUUUUAGUUCGUAUUUUGUUAGCUGCAGCAGUUAUUUCUUUUGUAUUAGCCUUUUUCGAAGAUGGUGAAGAUCAACUCACAGCCUUCGUUGAACCUUUUGUUAUUCUACUUAUUUUAAUUCUUAAUGCUAUCAUUGGUGUUUGGCAAGAACGUAAUGCUGAAUCUGCAAUUGAAGCUUUAAAAGAAUACGAACCAGAAAUAGCUAAAGUUCUUAGAACUGAUAAACCUGGUAUUCAAAAGAUUAAAGCAAAAUACUUAGUUCCUGGAGACGUUGUUGAAGUGUCUGUUGGUGAUAAAGUCCCUGCAGAUAUUAGAAUAGUUGCUAUCAAAUCUACCACAUUAAGAAUAGAUCAAUCUAUAUUAACAGGCGAAAGUGUUAGUAUAAUAAAGCAUACUGAACCAAUACCAGAUGAUCGAGCAACUAAUCAAGACAAAAAGAAUAUGCUGUUCUCAGGUACAAACGUAGCUACUGGUAAAUGUAUUGGUGUUGUUGUUGGAACUGGAUUAAAUACACAAAUCGGUAAAAUUCGUGAUAAAAUAGCAGAAGGAAACGAUGAACGAACACCUUUACAGGAUAAACUGGAUGAGUUUGGUGAACAGUUAUCAAAGGUUAUCACUAUAAUUUGUAUUGCUGUUUGGGCAAUUAAUAUUGGUCAUUUUAAUGAUCCAAUACAUGGUGGUUCAUGGAUUAAGGGUGCUGUAUACUACUUUAAAAUUGCUGUAGCUUUAGCAGUGGCUGCUAUUCCAGAAGGACUUCCGGCUGUCAUUACAACCUGCUUAGCUUUAGGUACUAGACGAAUGGCAAAGAAGAAUGCUAUUGUGAGAUCUCUUCCGUCAGUGGAAACGUUAGGAUGUACAUCCGUAAUAUGUUCAGAUAAAACUGGAACUUUAACUACAAAUCAAAUGUCGGUCAACAAAUUCUUUGUUGUCGAAAAAACUACUGGGAAAAGCUGUUCUUUCACCCAUUUUGAUGUCACUGGAUCGACUUACGAACCAUCAGGAGUUGUUUCUGUCAAUGGAAAAGCUGUUGAUGUAUCUGAAUAUGAAGCUCUAAAUGAAUUGGCAACAAUCUGCUCGUUAUGUAAUGACUCAAGCAUAGAUUAUAAUGAGGCGAAACACAUAUAUGAAAAAGUUGGUGAAGCAACUGAAGUAGCGUUAAUUGUAUUAGUUGAAAAAUUGAAUGUCACCAACACAGAUUUAUCCAACUGUUCAAAAGCUCGCCGUGCACACGUUUGCAAUUAUGCCAUCCGAGAAAACUACAAAAAGGAGUUUACCAUGGAAUUUUCAAGAGACCGCAAAUCUAUGAGUGCUUACUGUACACCAGAAGGCCGCUCAUUACGUUCUCAAGAUAGCAAUGCUAAACUUUUUGUAAAAGGUGCACCUGAAGGCGUUUUGGACCGUUGUAACUUCAUUAGGGUGGGUAAAGAAACAUUGCCACUCAGUGAUGAGAUGAAAACGGGAAUCAUAGAACAAGUAACUGCAUAUGGCACUGGUAAAGAUACUCUUCGUUGUCUGGCUCUAGCUACUGUUGAUAAUCCUGUAUCUCAAGAUAAAAUGGACUUAUCAGAUUCUAAAAAUUUCAUUAAAUACGAGAACAACAUGACAUUCGUGGGUGUGGUGGGUAUGUUGGACCCUCCUCGUUCUGAAGUGAAAAAUUCCAUAGAAGAAUGCCAUGAGGCUGGUAUAAGAGUUAUUGUCAUCACUGGUGACAACAAGAAUACCGCUGAAGCAAUCUGUAGGCGCAUCGGUGUGUUUGGAGAACACGAGAGCACGAAAGGACUUUCAUAUUCAGGCCGCGAGUUUGAUGACCUUUCAGAAAAUGAACAAAGAGAAGCCUGCAGACAAGCUAGGUUGUUCUCCCGUGUUGAGCCUUCACACAAAAGUGCUAUUGUUGAGUUUCUUCAAGAUGAUGGCGAUGUAGCUGCAAUGACUGGAGAUGGGGUAAAUGAUGCCCCUGCUUUGAAGAAAGCCAAAAUUGGUGUUGCAAUGGGUUCAGGAACAGCUGUGGCAAAAUCAGCAUCUGAGAUGGUAUUAGCUGAUGAUAACUUUUCCACCAUCGUGGCUGCCGUAGAGGAAGGUCGUGCUAUUUACAACAACACAAAACAGUUUAUUAGAUAUCUGAUAUCUUCCAACAUCGGGGAAGUUGUAAGCAUAUUUUUAACUGCUGCUCUGGGAAUGCCGGAAGCGUUGAUACCAGUACAAUUGUUAUGGGUAAAUCUCAUGACAGACGGUCCACCAGCUACUGCACUCAGUUUCAACCCACCUGAAGUGGACAUCAUGAAGAAGCCGCCACGAAGAGCGAAGGAGCCGCUGAUCAGCGGAUGGUUGUUUUUUAGAUACUUAGCGAUCGGAAUUUAUGUUGGUAUGGCGACCGUGGGUUCAUCAGCGUGGUGGUUCAUGUAUUAUGAGGGCGGUCCACAGAUGUCUUACUAUCAGCUCACACAUCACAUGCAGUGUACAACCGAUCCAGAAUCAUUUGUAGGAAUGUCUUGUGAUAUCUUUAAAGACUUGCACCCCAUGACGAUGGCGUUAUCUGUUCUUGUGACAAUUGAAAUGUUGAACGCCCUAAACAGUGUGAGCGAAAACCAAAGUUUGUUGGUGAUGCCUCCCUGGAGAAACUGGUCUCUCCUUACAGCUAUCACAGCUUCGAUGUUGCUUCAUUUCUUGAUCCUCUACGCUCCUUUCAUGAAGGCCAUUUUUCGUGUAACGCCAUUAAACUGGGUGGAAUGGAAAGCAGUAGUAUAUUUCUCCGUCCCAGUUAUAUUUUUGGACGAAAUUCUCAAGUUUGUCACGAGAAACUUCAUGGAACCACUCGGUCAACCAAGCAAGGAUAAAACUGAUUAAACCGGUCACGAUGUUGGUUGAAGUCGAGUUAUGUUUGUCACGUGUUCAAUGCAGUUGUUUGAUUGGCUAACGGGAUGAAAACGAGAAGUUUGUUCCGAUCGCUUGUUGUUAUUAUAUAUGUCACAUUUACAAAAAAAAGUGUUAUGAAAUAUAUAAAUUGUGAGUGUGCAAGCGACUGUCUGAUUAUACUAGCUACACAUCAACACCUCUCUUGUCAGUGUUAGCUUCGUGUCAUUUAUUGGUGUUGCUUUUUCACCGGCACACGAUCUUGUAUAAUCUGUAGUCACGUGCACAACAUUUAUCCAAUCCUACAGUUUAUUUUACUAAAUUUUAGUUAUUUUUCAAUUUUCUCUUCGUGUUUUUCUUCUUGAUGCACUACGACAACUAAAAUUAUUAUUUGUCUCUUUCAUUUCUAACGAGCGGUUUUCAUGAAAUAAUGCGUUUUAAAAUUAAACGGUAAACACGUGUGUAACGUCAGCAUUUAUUGUAUCUUAGCGACCACACACUUUUAAUAUAGCGGCAUAGCUUUCAUGUUUUAAAAGAUAUUAUUAGCACGUAUUUAUAUGAAACAAUUUUAAGAACAUCGUUUUACAAAGUUGAUUUAUUUUAACCUGA